GGGUGUGUCAACUGAACUUUUAUUUUUCCCUCAUCCCAAGAAGAACAAAGUUCUCAACCUUUGGGAGAGUGAGCAGAGACAAUGGCUCUCGAUUCAUCUUCCCAGAGUCAGAACUAUGACUAUGACUCAAUGAAGCCGUAUUUCUACUUUGAGGAGGAACAGCAGCAGCACAGCAAAUUACAGCCUCCGGCCCCCAGUGAAGACAUCUGGAAGAAGUUUGAGCUCUUUACCACCCCACCAGUUUCUCCCAGUCACAUGUCCAGUCUUUCCAGCCUGGUUUCAUCCUCUGAAGACCAGUUAGAGAUGGUCACUGAGUUCCUGGGAGGGGAUAUAGUGAAUCCGAGCUUUAUACAUGGGCCUGAUGAUGAGACCUCGGUCAAGUCCAUAAUUAUACAGGAUUGUAUGUGGAGUGGCUUCUCAGCAGCAGCAGCAAAGUCGGAGAAAGCGGUCUCUGAAAAGCUUCCAUCUUACCAGCUAUCCAGGAAGGAGGGCUCCUUGUCUUCACACAACCAGCCUCAGCAGCAGAUCCUGCAGAAGACUUGCUCUGGCCAUGAAAGUCCAGUAAGGUCCAGUCAUAGCUACCUGCAGGACCCUAGUUCUGGCUGUAUUGCUCCAUCUGUGGUUUUUCCAUGCCCAGUCAGUGCGACAAUCUCAAAAGCCAACCCAACUCACCUGGUCAAAGACUUAACCAUGGACACUCCACCCAUCAGCAGUGACCGCAAUAGCAUUACUCCACCCUUCAGCAGUGACCGCAAUAGCAGUACUCCACCCAUCAGCAGUGACCGCAAUAGCAGUACUCCAUCCAUCAGCAGUGACCGCAAUAGCAGUACUCCACCCAUCAGCAGUGACCGCAAUAGCAGUACUCCACCCAUCAGCAGUGACCGCAAUAGCAGUACUCCACUCAUCAGCAGUGACAUCAAUAGCAGUACUCCACCCAUCAGCAGUAACAUCAACAGCAGUACUCCACCCAUCAGCAGUGACCGCAAUAGCAGUGACUCCGAACAAGAUGAUGAACCAGACCAUGAUGAAGGUAAAGAGGAGACUGAUGUUGUGACCUUAGAGAAAAGACAAUUGGCAUCAAAGAAAGCUGAAUUAAGCUCUUGUUCACAGAGAUCCCAACCUCACCGCAACUCAGCUUUGAAAAGAUGUCAUGUAUGCAAUGAUCAUCACAAUUAUACUGCACCUCCCUCUACCAAAGCCGAUUGCCCUUCCUCAAAAAGGACACGGUUAGAAAGCAAGACUAGCGUCCUCGAUCAGGUCAGUAACCACAGUAAAUGCACAAGCCCAAGGACACCAGGCCAGAAAAGGUCACAUAACGCAAGGUUAGAAAGCAAUACUAGAGUCCUCGAUCAGAUGAGCAACCACAGUAAAUGUACAAGCCCAAGGACACCAGGCCAGAAAACGUCACACAAUGUCUUGGAAAGACAAAGAAGGAAAGAGCUUAGGUUGAGUUUCAUUGCUCUCCGUGACCAGAUACCAGAAAUAGCAAACAACAAGAAAGCAUCAACACAUGUAAUCCUUAAAAAAGCAACAGAAUAUGUUCUUUCAAUGCGGGAAGAUCAGCGAUGGCUUUCAAGAGAAGUAGAUGAGCUGAGGAUUAGAAAUAAACAAUUAAAAGAAAAACUUAAUCAGCUAAGGAAGUUUAGUUUUUAAACUAGAACUUACCCAAAAGACUUAAUGAUGUGAUUGUUGUCUAAUGUUGGAAACCUCAAGACUUAAUGAUGUGAUUGUUGUCUCAUGUUGGAGACCUUAAGACUUAAUGAUGUGAUUGUUGACUCAUAUUGGAGACCUUAAGACUUAAUGAUGUGAUUGUUGACUCAUGUUGGAGACCUUAAGACUUAAUGAUGUGAUUGUUGUCUCAUGUUGGAGUCCUUAAUACUUAAAGAUGUGAUUGUUG